AUGAGGCACUCGUUGCUGCAGAAUCUAAAGAUUAGGGCACGGCCAAAUACGCAAUUAACUCGGCGCUGGAUCAACUAUGGCCAUGAUAUGCACAAGGAAAUGCUCAAUGGAACGGCAAAAGUCUCCGUGACCGAGUACGAUGAAGGAGGUUUUGUCGUCAAUGAUAUCAACAUGCGCGGAGGAGUAGCGCUGUUCUCCGAAGUUGCCAUGCUUUGGAAGCCAAAGAGGAUAAACGAGAUCACGCGCGAGCAUUUGACUGUCUUUACAGUUUCGAAUCCACCAAUCGAAAUUCUAGUACUUGGCUGCGGUAAGCGUAUCAACCAUGGAUUGGCACCGGAGCUCAAAGAAAUGCUGAAGGUGAAUGGCAUUGUGGUGGAGUAUCUGGACAAUGUUAAUGCAUGUGCCACCUUCAAUAUUCUGAAUGCUGAGGACCGCAGAGUAGCUGCUGCACUGCUCCCUUGUGAAUCAGACCUUCCAACCUACUUUGAACAGAUAAAAUAA